GCCGUUUUGCGACGGCAGCGGCCGUAAAGGAAGCCUGUUUGGCGGCGGCGACGGUGCUGUGCUCUGCUGUGCCGAGGCGGGACUGGUCGGGCUGGGCUCGCCCGGGCGUCGUCGUCGUCGUCGUCCGGCACCGCCAGCGCUUCCCGCCUGCCUUCUUCCGUCGCUCCUUCCGGGCGCGGCGAUGCUGCUGACGGUGUUCUGCCUGCGGCGGGACCGCUCCGAGCUCACCUUCUCGCUCCAGGUGGACGCCGACUUCGAGCUGCAGAACUUCCGCGCCCUCUGCGAGCUCGAGUCCGGCAUCCCGGCCGCCGAGAGCCAGAUUGUCUACGCAGAGCAGCCCCUGACUGACAAUCAUAGAUCGUUGGCUUCCUAUGGCUUGAAAGAUGGAGACGUGGUGAUCCUGCAGCAAGUGGAGAAUGCUAACAUUCGGCCUCCCGUCCCAUUUCCUGGCCUGCCCAGGAUAGAUUUCAGCAGCAUCACAGUCCCUGGGACUUCUUCCAGCACACCCUCCCAGCCGCCACCACCACCACCACUGCAGCCGCAGCAGCAGCCGCAGCCUGGCCUGCGCCCUCGACCAUCUCCUCCUGAGCUGCCCUCCUCCCCUCAGGGCUUGGAUAACCCAGCUCUCUUGCGAGACAUGUUGCUGGCCAACCCGCACGAACUCUCCCUGCUGAAGGAGCGCAACCCACCCCUUGCAGAGGCUUUGCUCAGUGGUGACCUGGAGCGAUUCACUCGGGUGCUAGUAGAGCAGCAGCAGGAUCGAGCCCGCCGGGAGCAGGAGAGAAUUCGUUUGUUCUCCGCUGACCCUUUUGACCUUGAAGCUCAGGCCAAGAUUGAAGAGGACAUCAGGCAGCAGAACAUUGAGGAGAACAUGACCAUCGCCAUGGAGGAAGCUCCAGAGAGUUUUGGCCAGGUGGUGAUGCUUUACAUCAACUGCAAGGUCAACGGCCAUCCGGUGAAAGCAUUCGUGGACUCAGGUGCCCAGAUGACCAUAAUGAGCCAAGCAUGUGCCGAGCGGUGCAACAUCAUGCGGCUGGUGGACCGGCGGUGGGCAGGCAUUGCCAAGGGUGUGGGUACCCAGAAAAUCAUUGGAAGGGUGCACCUUGCUCAAGUUCAGAUCGAAGGGGACUUCCUGCCUUGUUCCUUCUCCAUCCUGGAGGAGCAGCCCAUGGAUAUGCUCCUGGGACUGGAUAUGCUGAAGAGGCACCAGUGUUCCAUAGAUCUCAAGAAGAACGUCCUGGUGAUUGGUACCACGGGCUCACAGACCACCUUCCUUCCUGAGGGGGAGCUCCCCGAGUGUGCCAGGCUGGCCUAUGGGGCUGGGCGGGAGGACAUACGUCCCGAGGACAUUGCAGACCAGGAGCUGGCAGAAGCCCUACAGAAGUCCGUUGAGGAUGCAGAGAAUAGUGACAAAGAAACUACCUCACUCGGAAUACCAUCCGUACCAUCUUCAGAUGGCUUUCGACAUCCAGCCCGCCUUCCAGAGGUCAGUCCCCAAAGCAAUGACCCUGCAAGCCGAUUACUUGACCGUUCAGUCUCUGCCCCUUCAGUUUACUCUCAAGGGAGCAGCCAGGCUGAGACUGCUAAGCCUAGGGCGGUAAAGUCUGUGGAUUAUCUUCAUGAACACUCAGUCGCUCUGGAAAGCAAAGAGCUGCUUCCAUCCAUGCUGGAUCUUUCUGACCACAUUGUUUCUGCCAAUAUCUGUGCUUCUCCAGCUGAAGAAACUGGAAAAAUGUCCUGUGACAGUCUAAGUCUCCCUUCGCAAAUGAUCUCUGAAAAAGCCAUCACUUGUGGCAGCCUGCAGGAAGCGGAUGCUAAAAAUGAUACUCUUGAUUUGGAGUCUCCUGUUGAACCAGGAGGACAAGGUACCGUAUCUGACACUCACAGCCAGACAGAAGAGCUGGAUGUACCCUUGCUUCUGAAGCAAGUGGAACAGCAUUCAACACAUCAACUUUGUUUAGAUCUCAAGACAUGCAGAAAACCUGAAAAUGAACUGAUUGAGCCAGACAGUGAGGAGCCUCUGGGCACAAUGGCUUUUCCCCCAUCACCUGCUGCUGCUGCUGCAGAGCCAAGCCUGGAUUAUUACCUUUCUGAUGAAAGAAUAGGCACCGAAGGGGAGAGGAGGAUUUUCUCUCCAGAGAAGAGGAGGCUAGAAAAGAUAGAAUGUGAGCACCAGGAAGGGGAAACUUUGUUGGAAAUGGAUGUCAUGAAAGAGGCUUUUGUUGCUGCCAACAACCCUUUAGAUAACCCAAACAUCACAUCCCCAGUGACAAAGGCCGAAUGUUCUACCAUGAACGUGGAGUUACCCAAGUACCCUGCUUCUUUGCCUGUCAGUGACUUGGUGCAAACUGGAAAUGUGGCUUGUAAAUCAACAGACAUGUCAGCCAUGGUUGGCCUGACAGAGGCUCCUUCCGGAGGCCAGCUGAAUAGCUGGGCAGAAGAACCGGGUCUCUCUCUCACCUCUGCUUUGAAGGAGCUGCACCAGCUCUUGAUUGUCAACUCCAAGCAGGAUUUCAAUGUUUCCCAGCAGGAAGACAGCCACCACUCAGUUGCUGUCCCUCAAGAACAAGCUACAGACAGUGAGGGUUAUCGAGAGGAACACGAACACACGUCCCUGGACUGCCAGGCCAUGCAGCUCACUUUCCCUGGCUAUACAGGUGUUGAAUCAUCAGGGAAGAAGCCGGGGAUUGAGGAAGAGAUGGGAAGUCCUGGAAUGAGAGAAAUUCAUAGACUGGCCGUGAGCCAUGAGCAGGAUACACUCUCAGGCCAGGGAACUUCAGCUUUGAACAGCUCUGGACUUCCUAGCCCUAUGGCCUUUUCAACUCAAAUUCAAGGGGAUGAAUGUGUAGAAAUCUUGUCUCAGCAUCUCUCCUCCAGCCAUGUUCUCAGCAGCGAAGUUUCAGAGCUGAACCAGCCUCCCUCCUUCAGCCUCCGGCAGCGUCAAUCACAGAGCGGCCAGAGUCCCUUCUCAGAAAGAAUGGAGACGUCCGAAGAUGUCUCUGACACCGAAUUUCAGAGGUCUGUGGACGAACUCGUAGAGUCUUCACCGUCUCUGCUUGUGGACUCUCCUCAGCCUCCCGCGGUUUGUGCUGCAGACAUUGCUCAGAUUGUGAGGGCUGGCUUUACACCCCAGGAAGCUGUUGAGGCUUUAGGGCACGCAGGUGGGAAUGCAGAGCUUGCUCUGCUCAUUCUGCUAGCCAAGAGUAUUGUAGUUCCUACAUAGCUGUGAGAAGAACAUCCGCCUGACUACUAGACUGUACCUUCUUGAAGAGUCUGUCUUGACUACACAGAAUACCCUGCUUAGAUGAUGGAGCCUGAACUCUUAUUUCUUUUCUUUAAGAGAAAGGAGGAAAAGAUUGCUUAUUUUCAGCCAAAGUACCAUGAUUCUGGUUUCCCUUGUUGAAUUUAAGCUUUUUUAAAGACGCAAAUACUGGUAUUGUAUCAACAAUGGCUUUUAUUAUUAAGCAAUGCAUAAUGGAAUAAAGAAUCUUUAUUUAAGUA